GAACCAGGAACGACAACGUCGUGAAGAGUAGGACCUCGCCGUGCAUGAACUUCAACCGCGUAUGUCAGCUCUAAAUUUCUGUCCUGUUAUGAGGAAACAAUGAGACAGUGAUAUACUUUGUUUCAGGAUUAGAGAUGGUGGUACACUGUGUCAUCUGCUUGUACUAGAGGAGUGGUGGUUUUAUCCAAGAUGACAAGUCAGGGGUCAGCGCCCCGGGGGGGAUGGGUGGAGAGACACAUAUUGGGAUCAGGCGGGUUUGGAACUGUCACCCUGUGGGAAAAUCAGGAGAGUGAUGAACGUAUCGCUCUGAAGCGCUGCAGGCUUCAGAAUGAGAUGAAUGCGAAGCAUCGUCAGAGAUGGGAGCAGGAGAUCACCAUCAUGAAGCGACUUGAUCACCCCAAUGUGAUCGCCGUCAGGGAUGUUCCCCCACCCCUUGAUGUGGGCAAGGAUUCACUGCCUCUGCUGGCCAUGGAAUACUGCUCAGGUGGUGAUCUGCGUAAGGUGUUGAAUCGGCCAGAACAUUGCUGUGGUUUGCCAGAAUUACAGGUACGCUUCCUGGCACGGGACGUAGCACGGGCCAUCGAGUACCUCCAUGGCAAGCGCAUCAUUCACAGGGAUCUUAAGCCGGAGAACAUUGUCCUGCAGAACAUAGAGGAUAGGAUUGUCUACAAGUUGAUUGAUCUUGGAUAUGCCAAAGAGCUUGACCAAGGGAGUGUUUGUACCUCCUUUGUCGGAACUCUUCAGUACUUGGCCCCUGAAUUAUUUGCUAGUCAGAAAUACACCUGCACUGUUGAUUACUGGUCAUUUGGGACGGUGGUGUUUGAGUGUAUCACAGGCAUUAGGCCAUUCUUGCCUUCCAUGGCUCCUGUACUCUGGCAUAGGGAGGUGUGCCAGAAGAAAGUCGAUGACAUUUGUGCCAUUUUAGACUCCACUGGGAAAGUCAGGUUCUCUCAGAAACUCCCCACCCCAAACCAUCUGUGCAGAACUCUCCAGGUGUAUUUUGAGCAGUGGUUAAGAAUGAUGCUAUACUGGGACCCCAAAGCAAGGGGUGGAGGUAUAGAUCCAGAUCAGAGACGCCCUAACUGUUUUGUCUUGCUGGACAACUUGUUGGAAAUGAAGAUAGUCCAUGUGCUGAAUGUCUCGGCCAAUCAGAUGAUGUCUUACCCAGUAGUGGAGAAGCAGACACUUCAGGAACUUCAGCGAAUCCUUAGUGAGGAAACAAAAAUUCCUGUGGAGGAACAGGAGAUUUUGUUAGCUAGUGGCAUUACUCCAGACCCUGAGAAGCCAGCUGCACAGUGCUGGUCUAAACCUGGAGAAGAGGAUUGGAUUGUGUUUCUGUUCAGGAAAUCCACUUCAGUAAUCAAUAACAAUGACAAACAGGCCAAACCUAUCCCACUGAUGGUACAGAACAUCAUCAGGGAGCCUAACACACUACUGCCAUACCAGGAGCAACGUAGAGCCUGGGCAGAGUCUGUCUGUUUUUGCCAGGAACAAGUGACUGACCUAAAGACCUUGAUACUAGCCCAAAGAGCAGCCAUUUUGGAUGUUUUGCGUGUAAACACCAAGUUUCUUCAGAAGAAGACAGAGAUGAUGCAGGAUAUUGGUCAACUACAGGCCAAGGGAGAUUUCUUCAGAAUGAGCUUACAACAUGACAUCCAGCGAUACAAUGAUCAGGCAGCUUCUGGAGGCAUCACAUCAAGUUCCAUGUAUGCGAAGUGGAAGAAGAUGGGUGAAGAUUUGAAGCAGAUAAAGGAGCUUAGUUGGCGUAUGACUGAACUUGAUGAGCAGGCUCGAGCUUUACAGACCAAAAUUGUUGAGUUGCACAAAAGCCCUUUUGCAAAAUCAAAACAAACUGAUGUUUUAGAAGAACUUACAACCAAGGCUGAGAAGCUAUAUCAGGAUCUGAGAUUAGCAACCAAAGAGCAAAGGAGGACAUUGAGUGACCACUCUCCCAUGGUCAAUGUCGUCCACAAGUGUGUGCUGGUCAGGCACAAAGCAAUGGCUGACCUCUAUACACACCUGGGGAAAGCCUCUAGCUGUAAAGCUGAAAUAAAGAAACUCCUUCCAGACAUCAGUGCUGGUUGUGAUGAAAUAAAGCAGAGCAUUGAGAGGCUGACAACCAAUCAGAAGCAGAGGCAGAAUGACCUCUGGUAUCUUGUGAAGAAGGCAUUGUCUGGAGUGAACAACCAAUCCGGAGCGAGUGUAUUGAGACAAGAGCUGAAAGGAGACAUCUCCAAUCUUCCCCCUCAGAGUGCCGUGUCAGACAGCAGCUCUAGUGGUUUAGAAUCCUUAAAAAUCAUUGAGGACAAUAAACAGACCCAGGCCCACUUGUCAAACCUAUUUGACAAUGUUCUGCAUGAACAUGAUAGUUUUGUCAGCUCUUUGCAUGACAUGACCUGGGACUUUCUUGGACCAUCAUCUGGUGACACCAAGUGAAAAGGGGCCAAUCAAAACAUCAUCACCCAUCAUGAGGGUUCGCACUAGUAAAAGAAAACAUGUUUUCAAAGUCUUGUUGGGACCUACUAUCCUAUGUUUGCAAACAUUUUUGACGAUCGGUCAAUUUAUUUUAAGUACAGAUCUUAUGCAAUAUGACAUUUAACUUGAAAAGUUAAGUCUCAUUCUUCAAAGGAACUGUGGAAACCUUGGUUCACCUAAUUACAGGAGCUGAAGCCAGGGGUAAUCAUCAUCUAUCGUUUCCAACUGUUCAAACUGGAAAUUCCGGAGCUUUACCGAGAAAUGUGUCUUAAGGAGCCAGGAACCAUUUUAGUCUUUCUGUGAACAGUGAUUUUUAAAUCUGGUUUGGUAUCAUCAAAAACCUAUUUUAAAGGGAUUUUUUCUGAGCCACGUUCUCAGCUGUGUAGAUUAUGGACAUGAUGUUAUGAAGUUUCAACUUUGUUAUGUGGUUUCUUGGGUGAACAGUUUAUGGAAAAUAUUUACUGUGAAUCCCCUCCCAACAUGGUUUAUUAAACUGGGAUGUUCCAUCCCACAAUGCAGUUUAAGGUGUACAGAUUUGAUUUGUAUAGCAGUCAUUGAUCUUGGUAAUACCUCUAUGUGAAAUAGGGACAGCUACUGUGAUAAUACUGAAAAGUUCCAGAACACACUUACCAAGAAUCACAACCAGGUGCAAGGAAUCAUGGAAUACACUUUGCAUUUUAUUUAUUUACUUACUUGAUUGGUGUUUUACGCCGUACUCAACAAUAAUUCACUUAUAUGAUGGCGACCAGCAUUUUGGUGGGAGGAAACUGGGCAGAGCCCAGUGGAAACAAGCAACCAUGCACAGGUUACAGGCAGACCUUCCCACAUAUGGCCGGAGAGGAAACCAGCAUGAGCCGGGCUUGAACUCACAGCAUUUAUUUAUUUUUGUGAAGAAAUCUGUGAAAUUCAAAUGAGCCUAUAUCAUACGUGCAUACCAGUGUACAGUCAUGUUCCUUUGUGUUAUUAAAUGGAAACCUGUAUAUAUACUUUGUAAUACAUUUGAUUAGAACAUGAAAGACUGGUUUUGCCUGGUUCUUGAGGAAGUUGCUCACAGGUGUGUUCUACAGUAUAAACGUUAGUAUGUGUGUGAUGAGCUCAGGCUGUGAUUUAUGUUUUAUGCAUAUACCUGAGCAGAUAGAUGUUAGUGUCACUGUUUGUGUUAUGCAUAUCUUCAUUUCCUCAGCAGGCAGCUGUGUGUACAACUGUUUUAUCAUGUUUGAUUGAAUUUUAUGAAUGAUUUCAUGUAUUGCAUUUGCUAACAGUGGUAAAUGUAGGGUACAUGUUUUUGUAUUGAACUUCAAGGUGAAGUGAAAGAAAGGUUUAUUUGUUAAGCUGAUAUUUCAGAUUGAUCUGUUCUGGAUUCAUCUACUUCCACUGAUUUGAGGCUGUAUUUCAUUACCCUAAAUGACCCUAAAUUUUGUCCAUGACUAACUUGCCCAUUUUUUCCGGAUUUUGAGAGUUCUGUUGAUUUUAGAAAGGUGUUUUGAGGUUUGCUUCGAACAUGGGAUGAUAUUCUGCUACUGAAAAUUGUAAGUUUCAGUGCCAAAAAUAGUAUUUUGUGACAUUUGCAUAGGGGAGUUUUGUGUGUACAGUUAUGUACAAGGUGCGAAAAGGGUUGGGCUGGGUUUCAGGGUGUUGGGGUCGUUGAUUGAUGUAUGGUUCUUCAGAAACAAAGACUUUAUAUAUUUAAAAUAAUAAGACACAUGUGAUAAUACCGGUAUCACAUAUUCUACCAACAAUUUCUAUGCCUCUGUGCAUUGUAUAACAUGGAUUGUCAUGAACAGAGUAUUGUGAAAGAAACGCAGAUUUUGAGAGUAAGUAUUUUAUGGACAGCCCCUUGUACAUGCCUAAUGUGUGGAUAUUAAGGAUCUUUAAAUGUGCAGUAAUCAUAUUAGCCAGGACAGGCCAGCUGUUACCUUGGAGCUGUAUGGUGCACACACUCUGUGACUAUUAUUAUAUGAGAAAAUGUAACACUUGUAUAAUGUGUGAUAUAUCAUUUAGUAUGAUGCAAAAGCUGUAAUGAGCUAAACAAAGUUGUAAAUGAAACAAAUUUAAGUGUAUUAAGUGAUUGAUUUGUUCUCUCCAGCAGAUUUCGAAAGAUAUUUGUAAUUUUGUAUCAUAACAUCCCCCCUCCCCCCCAAAUCUUUCUCUCCAACACAUAAUCCCUUGCACGCAUUAUGUCUUCAUGUACUAUACACAUUAGAUGUGUGAAGUCACACACGCAUUUGUACCAUGUCAAGCUUUGAAGAGUUUGCUUUAUUUUACUGCUUUUUGCAACUAGUUUUGCAUAAGUGCGCAUAUUGUAUGAUAUGUAUACCUGUAUGUUUUAAAUUCUAACUGAAUCAGUAAAUAUACUUAU